AUAACUCAGGCUUCUUCAGGGGCAGUUUGUUCUUGGUAAAUCACUCAAGGGCAAGCAGUUACCUCGUUGAAAAGAUUUACCUCUUUGGAGCCAUUGAAAAACAGCUUCUUCCUUUUUUCUUUUCCCAGUUCUGAGUUUGGAUGGCUCUUGUCAAUUCUCAGAGGAAUUCUCGAAGUAAGGGAAUAUUAUCUUCUUCUUACAAGGAUUUUUGAUUCUCUUUAUUUCUCUCUGUCUCCCAAAUCAGAAAAAGUGUCUGCCUUUUUAAUUUAUUUUCUCCACAAUCUUCCUUUCAUGGUUGAUUGUUGUAAAGGGGAAUCUAUUCUUUUUCAAUUUGCAUUAGCAUUGCGUGGGCUCUGUCAUUUUGUCAGUUUCCUCAUCUGAUGAGUGUUUCAUGUAGGACUCCAUUUCAGAGAGAUAGAUACAUAUAUAAUAUAUUAUCGACUCUUCCUCAAAACCCUUGUUGGGUCUUGCCGGAUUUCUCCUUCUGAUCUCGAAUCAGGCUCUUUCCGCGGUUCUAUUUCUCGGAGAUUCUGGCUUUCUUCCAUCUGGGCACACUAGUGGGCUAAAAAGUUGCGAACUUUGAGGACAAGAAGCGGGAUCUUCUCAUUGAUGAUCAGCUGUUUCAAAGACCCAACAUAUGUUUUGAUGAGGGUUUUGCUGUGUAAGAUCCAGUGCCCUUCUUUCAUCUGUUUCUGUAAGCCUUCCCCUCACAUAUACACGGCAGGUCCGUUGAAGUUGGAGAACACGCCUCACGUGUCUUCCGUAACGGUUGUUUCAGCUAAUGAUGAUGAUGAUCUUGAUGAUGCCCAUGAAGAUGUUGAUUGUGCGGAUGGUCAUGGAAAUGAGAUUAGGGAAGAGAGUAGGGUAGAUGGAAAGGAAGAGGAAGGUCAAGGUGCUGAAAGUGUUCUGAAGAGCAGUCUCAGAAAAGCGGAUUCGGGCUCAACGUUGGCUGAGAAAAGGGGGAAGAAGAAGGUUCAGUGGGUGGAUUUGAUGGGGAAGGAUCUUGCUGAGAUCCGAGAAUUUGAGCCCAGUGAAGAAGAAGAUGUCGGCUAUCACGGCGGUAAAAGCUGCGUUUGUGUUAUCCUGUGAUCCAUCUCUCAGUUUUAGGGAUAGUCGAAGGUGAAAGGUGAAUGGGGAGAAUCCAGGAAGAAGCUUUGCUUCACAGUUGGCUUUCUACAUUUUGUGGCUCCAGCCCCAGAAACCAUCUCCAUGGAGGUACAUAUAGAAUCUGCAUUCGUGUUCUUCAGCGAGUCUGCAUCUUCUCGCCUGAUGUUAUUUGAUGAUUUUCGAUUCAACGCAGUAGCAUUUUUCUCUCGUGUAAGAAUGUCAAAGUACUGUUUUCUAUUUCAUUUGUUUACUGAAAUUCUUUUCCGUUCAGAUACUUGGAAAUAUAAGGUUUUAUAUUCAUCA